UUUCACCCUUUCUGUGUCAUUUCAGCCUUGUACAACUAGGGCACUGCAUGGCAGCGGGGCGGAUAGGGAGACGAGGGAACCCCCGUACGUUGCCUCACUCCUGAUCAACUUACAACGUUACCAAGCUUAGUGUGCGUGAGUGUGUGUCUCGUAUUUCGUUCGGUGCGCCCAUUAACAUGGCUUGGACUGAACUAUAGCGCACAUCCACGGACUACCAAAAAGGAUACGAGAGUAGGCUACACUACCCAUUAAAAACAAUCGGUGUAUUGUACUGAAAACACUGAUCAAGACGAAAGAGCCAAAUACUCACUGAUGAGGCAGCCAUCAAGUGACUUUGAAAUGGCUCUAAGCGGCACCCUGUUACCUUCUAUAUCCACGUUUGCCAGCGGCCCGACUGUCAAGAACAAAUCCAUGGGACCUGCAAAUUUAGGGCGUUCACCCGCCCAGCCCCGAGCAGAUUCCAGCAUGGCCGGACAGAGGAGAGUAUAGGAUGGCUACACACUAGUAACCAUCAUUGAUUCAUAGCUGUUUGCUUUGCUUUUUAGGCAAUGUCAGUUGAUCAAGGCAUAAUAUUUUUAUAUUUGAGAAAAAUAUUCGAAUUGAUAGGCCUAAUUUCAAUUUCGUGACCAGUGCAACAACUGAAAGAAUCACACAUACAGUAAGUCUAAAUAUAGUACACAAGACACAUACAGUAAAUAUGAAACGUCACUUGAUCUGUUUAAAGAGUAAUUGUAAUCUCCCAUUUCAGUGACCCAGAGAACUGUUGGCUAAUCUGUAUUCAGCACUAGGCAGAGAUGGAAAGAGGAGCUGGCUCAUCUUAAGAGGCCGACUGUUCCGACAGGCAGCAGUUGCACCGAACAGGACCUGGUCACCAUGAUGAUGGCCAAGAAAGACCCGGAAACUGACCUGGACCUAUUGGACUACGACUUCAUCCUCUCCAACACCAUGCUACAACAACAACAGCAACAACAACAACAGCAACAACAGGAAGCCAUAGUGGGGGGACCCCAGGCCCUCCCCCCCUCCCCCAGCUCUUACUCCUCCUCCUACCCCCUGCCCUCCCCUCAGGAUCCAGACCUCCUCUACACCAUCCCCGACAUCAGUGACGUCUCGCCCUCUGGGGGCUUCGUGGCCGAGCUGAUGAGGCCGGAGCUGGACCCUGCCUACCUCCACGCCGCCACCAGCCUCCAAGGGAAGUUUGUGGUGAAGACCACCCUGGACAUGGGGGACUAUAGCCAGGGCGUGAGCAUGAGCAAAGCCGCCGGCACGCCGGCUACGGACUUGCCCUUUGUCUGUCCCCGGAUCAAGCAGGAGACCCCCAGCACCUGCACCAUCACCCAGCCCAUGGACCUCCACCUGGGGCUGAACUCACACUCGCAGCCUCGGGGCGGACCUAGGCCCCUCCUGGACCCUCACGGCUACUCACCGUCAGGGCGGCCCUUGGGGGCCAACCGGCCAGCCACCUCCCCUUUGUCCACGGAGCACCCAUUGGUCAUGGACCUCCAGCACCCCUCCAGCCAGGGGCUGAACCGCCCCCAGUUGUCUCUGCCCACCUCGGGGUAUCACCACCACCCAUCCCCUGGCUACGCCCCCUUCCCACAGCCUCCAUCCAUCCAGUACCAAGAACUGAUGACCCCUGGACCAGAGUGUUUGCCGGAGGAGCCCAAGCCGAAGCGCGGCCGGCGCUCCUGGCCGAGGAAGCGCAUCGCCACACACACGUGUGACUACGCAGGCUGUGGGAAGACCUACACCAAGAGCUCUCACCUCAAGGCUCAUCACCGCACACACACAGGAGAGAAGCCUUAUCACUGCGACUGGGAGGGUUGCGGCUGGAAGUUUGCCCGUUCGGACGAGCUGACGCGUCACUACAGGAAGCACACGGGCCAUCGGCCCUUCCAGUGUCAGAAGUGCGACCGGGCCUUCUCUCGCUCUGACCACCUGGCGCUGCACAUGAAGAGGCACUUGUGAGACGAGCCGGAAGCCGCCGACGAAAAGACUCGGGAGCUAUAGACUUACGACCCGAACCUGAACAAACCAAACUGUUUUUAGAAGCCGUACUGCCUUCAGCCAGUCAGGCUAUAAGACAAGCUGUGUGGUUCAUCACAGCAGCAUCACAGAGCCGCCGUCACGGACACCUCUACAGACUCCUCCGACGGCUGCUCCUCCCCCAGCCUUGUUGGGGGAUCAGACCACACCCUUCAGUAACCUCGGCAACCUCUUAUUCCUAUCUCGGGACCAAAACUGGAAGUAAUUGUAUCGACAAAACUUGGGAGGACCAGGUGCCAAUGUAUGACUGGAAUUGUAUUAGCUUCAGGGAGACGAGAUACACAGAACACACACACCUAGCAUCAUCUCAGAGGCCUUCAAUCUUAUCAGCAACAUUCCAUUUGUUUGUUUCCCAGUCAACCAAAACACUGUUAAACAUACUGCAUUAGAAAUGUAAGUUUAUAACACCACUAUAAAAGCCAUGGACGUCAGGUACCAAUUAAUUUAUAUGUUACAAGAUGGUGCUUUCUUACCCUAGUGUAUUCAAAGGUACCAAAGAUUAGAAAUAAAAUAAAUGAAUAGGUAAAACUUGUUUUAAGUGCCAUAUUUUUUGUCUGUUUAGUUUCUAUGGAGACCUUUUAUUGAAAAUUUGAGUAAAAAUCAGGUAAAUUUUUCUCGGCAUGUUAAUGGUGAUGGCAAUCUACAAUGCACUGUGGUCGCAAAGUGCAAUAAUUUAUAUGAGACAUUCAUAUUUUUUUAAAGAAAUUGGUAACUCUGAACAAAGCUUUUUUGUUUAUAGUUAAAAUAUGUAAUAUAAUCUUAAGUUUGUACAAUUGUAAAUAAAAUGCUUUCUUAUUGUUUUGUAUUUUAUGUAUUUUACAAUAUAAAAAAAUAAAUGAAAUUAGAUUUUA